AUGGUUCACCACCAGUCAGUAAAUGAGAGAAAACUAUGCUCACUGAAAGGGGUGAGGGACGAACUAUGUGAAUUAUUCGAAUCUGCCAUCAGGACAGUAGCUGCAUACAGUAACGUCCGUGAGAUUGCGUGGUGCCCUUAUCCUUAUACAUCUACCCCGAGCGAAUCCAGUCCGGGAGGCGACGCCUACAAAACGGAGACUAUCCUCCUUGCAUGCGGUACGGAGCCUCUACUCUCGCAGCGCCAUCGAAUACUAGGGAGCCUUAACUAUCAGCUAGAAAGCACGCGACCUAACCGUAAACGCAAAGCCUCUACGAAUGAGAGUCGACAGGAAGAAUUAGAAAGAUUCAUAGAAGCCCAGCAGCGUAAAUUGGAUAGGAGACAACAAAUCAAAGCAAGAGAAGAAGAGAUGAGAGCUCAAAAGCUGCACAUACUAGACCAAAAUCAUCGCCGUAUGCGACAGCUGCGAUUGACGCAGCUCAAUCGCCUACGCAGUCUCCUGGAACAUGAAGAGAAAGUACGGAAGAUUCAGCGCUCAGUACUCCUGGAAGACACUAGCCUCUCGUAUCCUGCGGACGAUAAUGCUGUAUCAGUUAUUCUGGCACUGAGCUCUCCGCUCUGGCUCUUGUGCUUGUUCAUACGCACAAUAUACAGGAAGUGCAAGAUUCUAGCUGCCAUCUUUGCUCGUGGAUAA